UCGUAAGAACUCUGUUACUGUUUUUCGAAUGCAAAAAAUACUGGGACCUUUGAUUGAACAUUUUGAUCUGUGAAAUUGUCCACACACUUUAAAUUUAACAGAGGAGUGAUUUUUCGAGUCAUGAAUUUAGGCGCCCUAGCCUGGGCGGUUUUGGUGGGCGCCUUGGUCACUCAGAUUGAGUCAAGGGCGAAUAGGCAUAAAAGACAAUUUGGUGGCGGAGAUUCAAACCCAUUUGGACCUGGAACAUCAGGGGCUUGCAAGCCUUUAGCUCCACCAACGGAUGGACAAAUAAACUGUGGGGAUUCAACCAUAUUUUAUCGGUGUACAGCACAAUGUAAUUCAGGGUAUCAGUUUGACAAUGGAGACACCACCAUACAGAAGGAUUGUGAUCCUAUGACUGGGCAAUUCUUCGAUGGCUCAGCGUUUCCAAAGUGUAUACCAACUUGUAGCCCUGCCUGUCAAAAUGGCGGAACCUGUGUUCAACCUAAUGUCUGCUCAUGUGCUCCUGGGUGGAGGGGAACUUUCUGUGAAAGUCCCGAUGGCAGCUGCAUCCAGCCUGCCAAGCCCAGUAAUGGUGCAGUACAGUGUCAAAGCUCUGGUACCACGAUGAAGUGUUCAAUCACCUGUCAGACCGGCUAUAAGUUCGAGUACGCCCCACCUACUGAAUAUGUCUGUCGAGACGGAAGCUGGAGUCCACGCCCUACCUUCCCCAAGUGUAUCCCAGUGGGACAAGCUACAGUGAGUCCCCCGACUCAGCCCACACCAGCAUUUGUACGAGACGCCAUGUGUGUGGCCUGGGGUCAGGACCAUUAUCGGACAUUUGACGGCACCGUUUACUCAUAUCAAGGCCAGUGUGAAUAUGUCCUCGCCAAAGAAUGCAGCGGGAACACGUUCCAUAUUCAUGUCAUCAAUGAUCCAAGCUGCACCCGAAGUGCUCCAUGUCAUAGAAAUGUAGAUAUCUAUUUUGGUUCAACAAAAGUGCAAUUAAAAGCGGAAGCUACCGGAGAGAAGGUGUACUGGGAUGGAGCUGUGCUCCCCAUCCCCGCCAAUCAAAACCAAGUGGAAAUUAUCAAAGUCGGUCACUACACCAUCCUUACGCAUUCAACUCUGGGUUUUAAGGUGAGGUGGGAUGGGAGAGAAUCCAUUUUUGUCUCCAUCAAUGCAGACCUGAAGGGCAAGAUGUGUGGUCUCUGUGGACUGAACGACGGCGACAAAACCAAUGACUUUAAAACCUCUCAAGGAUCCACAGUUACCAGUGCAGACAAGGCGACGUUCGGCAACUCCUGGAAGCAAACAGCCGUAGGAACGGACUCCUGUCCUGACAGUACCCAGAAAACCUGUAGUGCUGCCGGCAUCUCCCAGGCCCAAAGCAUCUGUAGUCACCUGACCAGUGGCAGCUUCCAAGCUUGUAAUUCUAAGGUAGAUCCUACUCCAUACCAAGAGGCCUGUAAGUUAGACUGCUGCGGAGGCACUGAUUCCACGACGUGUGGGUGUAAGAACUUUGAAGCCUACGCACGUGCGUGUAUGGAUGCAUCAACAACACUUAGAAAUUUGGAUUGGAGGACUCCCCAGCUCUGUCCUGCUCCGUCGUGCCCUAACAACUUGAUCCACAAGGAGUGUGGGAACUGUCAGCUGAAGUGUGGCUCAGGGUCGAAUGUGGCAGGCUGCAGGGAGACAACAUGUUUUGAUGGCUGUUUCUGUCCCCCGGGGAUGGUUCUGGACAAGGGCGUGUGUGUUUACCCGGAACAGUGUCCCUGUUUGCACGGAGACAAGAUGCUGCCUGCUGGCUCAGUGGUUCCCAAGAGCUGCAACAAAUGCACGUGCAAAUCUGGGAAAUGGGAGUGCACUACGAAACGCUGUGCUGGGACCUGUGCUGCAACGGGAGAUCCCCACUACCUCACUUUCGACGGCAUGCGCUACAAUUUUAUGGGUGUUUGUAGUUACUAUUUGGUUCAGGACCCUGAGUUCGAUGUCAUUGCUAACAAUAUUGCCUGUGGUCAUGGCCAUGCCUCAUGUACAAAGUCCAUCAGCUUCAACUACAAUAAUCAUUUUGUGACCAUGGACCACAAUCAUGUGCUGACUAUCGAUGGCCAUGACAUAACCCGGCUGCCAUAUAAGGAAAAUGGAAUUCAGAUUUUUAUGGUGUCUUCAUUAUUCAUGAAGGCUGUCUUAGGAAAUGGCGUUGAGAUUCUAUGGGAUGGGAGAACAAGGGCAUACAUUACCAUGCCAACGACCUUCUUCAACCACACCAAAGGUAUGUGUGGUACCUGGGACCACAAUCAGAAGAAUGAGUAUCUCACUCCACAUGGUGACAUUGAACCCAACACUAAUCUCUUUGGAAACCACUGGAAACUCCAGAAAAAUUGUCGAGAUGAGCCGGAGAAUGCGACUACAAACCCGUGUGAAAAUAACCCCAAAGGGCAAGCACAGGCAGAAAAAUAUUGCGCUUACCUCAAAGGAGACGCGUUCAAACCCUGCCAUUCUCUAGUGGAUUAUGUGCCACUUUAUGAGAACUGCAUGUAUGACAUGUGUGCUUGCACAGACAACUUAGGAUCCUGCCUGUGUCCAAUGUUGGGACAAUAUGCACAAGACUGUGCUGCUCAGGGCCUGAGCAUUCACUGGCGGAGCCAUGUCCCGGAGUGCCAUGAGGCAUGUAAGCCUGGAAUGACGUUCCAGAAUUGUCCGAAUGAGUGUGUUCGGACAUGUAACGUCAUAGCUAAUAAUGAGAAAUGUGUCCAGGACUUGACCAGAUGUGCAGAGGGCUGUGCAUGCGCAGAAAAUGAGACCAUCAAUAACGAAGGGCAAUGUAUUCCCAUCAGUCAAUGUCCAUGCGAGUUUGGUGGCAAGGAGUUCGCACCAGGGGUACAAACCAAAAUGGAGAAUUCUAUAUGCACUUGCGAGAAUGCACAUUGGAACUGCACCGUGAUAACGAAUACAACCAAAGUAGACAUCCCAAAUAUCUGUAAAGAGACUGAGCUCUACACGAAUUGUACCUCCCUUUGCCCUGUCACGUGCGAGAACAUAGGGGCACCCCCCACGUGCCUGCCCCCUGCCUCUGAUGACUGCACCCCUGGGUGUAUCUGUAAGGACGGUUAUGUGUGGGAUGGUAAUGACUGUGUGCCAAGGUUGGAGUGCCCCUGCUACCAUGGAGGAAAGCCAUAUAGAGAGGGAGAGAAGAUCUUCCAGGAUUGUAAUGAGUGCACCUGUAGCAGUCAGAACUGGGUCUGCACUCACAAGGAUUGCCCAGCGGUGUGCAGUGCAUUUGGAGACAGCCAUUAUACCACAUUUGAUGGGAAGCACUAUGAGUUCCAGGGCACCUGUAGUUAUGUCUUAGCACAGUCUACCACGGACAACCCCAACAAGUUCAUCAUCACCACGGAGAACAUGCCUUGUGGAAGCACGGGCGUAGCAUGCACCAAGGCCAUACACUUUGAAAUUGGUGAACCAGGGACGGCUACGUUCUUCCAACUGACACUGAUUCGAGGGAAGUCCCCCCAAGUGGAUGCCAACACACCAUUCUCCAUCCAGGAUACAGGGAGUUUCUAUGUCAUCAAAGCCCCGACCGGAAUCACACUGACCUGGGACAAGGGAACCCGGGUGUAUCUCAAACUGGGCACAGAACAUAAGGGAAAAGUGGAGGGACUGUGUGGGAAUUUCGAUGGUGAUCAAGGAAACGACUUCUCCACUCCACAAGGUGGUCCCCCAGCCGUUCAGGUUACAACCUUUGCAGAUAGCUGGCAGGUGAACCCUGACCUCUGUGUUCCGUCAAAGACUGUGACCGAUACGUGUAAGCAGAACCCAGAGAGAGAACAGUGGGCCAAGAGUAAAUGCAGCAUUAUCAGCAGUUCCCUGUUCGAGCCCUGUCGCAGCGUGAUGCCGGACUACCUGGCCUACCAGUCAAGAUGUAUUUUUGAUGCCUGCGCCUGCGAUAAUGGUGGAGAUUGCGAGUGUUUGUGUACAGCCAUUGCAGCCUUCGCUCAUGAAUGUGCCAUCCAGGGUGUGCCCAUUAAUUGGAGAAGUCCUUCACUUUGUCCCAUCCAAUGUGAAGAUUGUGAAACUUACACUCCCUGCAUUUCUUCUUGUCCCAAGAAGACUUGUAGCAACCAUCUAACCUAUGACCAGCUGACAAAGGACCUGGGAUGUAAAGAAGACAGCUGUUUAGAGGGGUGUGACAUCAAGUCGUGUGCCUCCGGCAUGGUUUACGACCGAGAUACAUCCCCCAUGAAGUGUAUCCCGGAGCCGUUCUGCAACACUCCAGCCUGUACUGUUAAUGGUAGACAGUACCGCCUGUACGAACAGAUUAAAGACCCUUCUGUGUGCCGACAGGAUUGUGAAGUCUGUACUUGUGGCCCCGGAGGUACUGUAAUGAGGAACAGUGUGUGUCAGAGUACAACUGCCCCAGUGACCCGAUUUCCACCCGUGACCUACAGGACCACAACGACCACGGCCCCAAACACCUAUCCACAAGGCAUUCCGUCAUUUACACCACAUGCAGGUCAUGGGGGGUUCACACCCCAUCACAAGAAACCUAGAUGUGACACAACUGGCUGGACUGCAUGGAUGAGCUCAAGCACUCCCACUGAAAGUAAUCGCAGUGAUGUGGAAACUAAAGACUCUCUGAGAAGAAAAUACACAUUUUGUAGCGACAGUCAACAAACAAGCAUACAAUGUCGGAAGGUGGGCAGUCAAGAGACGGGGCGCUUUACUGAGCAGACUGUGACCUGUAACUUACAGGACGGACUGCGGUGCAAAGGCGAUGAGCAAUCUGGUGAUAAAAAAUGCUUUGAUUAUGAAGUCCGGUUUUCCUGCAACUGUUCAUUACAUAUCAAGUCAACCGCCAUGCCCACCACUAGAUCCACCACCGAAUUCUUCACAGGAAAAAUCCCUGUCACAGAUGACUUUGGUAACCCUGUCUUGGUGCCUCUCACUGACAAGUUCCACAAACCAGUCACGGACGAUUUUGGAGAAACUGUUUCUCUGGUUCCACAAUAUGUAACCCAAGCAAGGCCCACCCCAUCACCAGCGACAGAUAUUUUUGGAAGGCCUUUCAUUAGGUAUCCAAAGACAGACGAAUUCAAAAAUCCAGUUUUAGUGCCUAAAACAGAUGCCCUGGGAAACCCAGUGACAGAUGCCUCGGGUCAGACCACUCUUGUUCCGGAGUAUGCGACACAGGAUAUUCCUACAGUCCAACCACCUACAGAUAAGUUUGGAAAUCCCCUUCUCUCCCCCAUUACAGACGAGUUCGGAAUUCCACUCAGAAACCACAUGGUCACUGAUGCGUUUGGUCAGCCCCAUGCUUCUAACAAUACCCUUAUUCCUCAGCCCUAUAAAUGUGUCCAGGGUUGGUCGUCAUUUAUGAAUGUAGAUACCCCAAAAGACGCAGUAGUUUCCGGCGAGUUGUAUGGUGCAGGAGAUAUCGAGAGUUUGAGUGCACUCCGUCAGAAAUUCAGCUUCUGUGCACAUCCGACCUCUAUCAAAUGUCAGUCAGUCCUAGAUAAAGUGCCCUACACUGUGACCGGUGAUAAGGAUGUCGUCUGCGAUGUCGACAAAGGACUUCUGUGUGUGAACAGGAAACAGAUGAGCGGACUGUGUGAGGACUACGAAGUGUCCGUAUUCUGUGAAUGUGGAGAAUCAACAAGAAUACCUGACGCAACAACACCCAAACCCCAGCCAGGAGAACCCCACCAACCAGUUCCCUCGUGUGAGUGGUCACAUUGGAUGAACAGCCACAAGAGAGCGCCAGGUGACUUUAACGAACUUGAGACGCUAACUGAAUUACGCAUGCACUAUGACUUCUGUGAAUUUCCGUCAAAAAUAGAGUGCCGUGAUGCCGAGACUGGGCAGAUGUUCGACAAGACUGGCGAUCUAGGGGUCACGUGCGAUAUCAACCGUGGCUUGAUCUGCGAGGACAUAUACCAAAAUUCUGCCGAGGGCUGUCGUGAUUAUGAAGUUCGAGUGUACUGCACAGAUGGCUGUAAAACCACCAUUAAACCUACUGUCUCAUCUUUCUGUGAGGAAGGCUGGACUGACUGGAUUAACACGGCCCACCCAUCAACAGUUUCCCCCACUGAUGUUGAAACACCCAGGAGUAUCCCAGGAUUCCCAACGACUUGUAACAAGGUCAUUGCUGUCCGCUGCUCUGUGGCUGCAACUGGGUUGGAUUACAAGAGCAAAGGAGAGAAUGUGAUGUGUACAACAGGUGGACUCAAGUGCACCCCCAGACCCGGGGAGAUCUGUGAGGACUACCAAGUCCAGUUCUACUGUGAUUGUUCACAACCCUCAGUCCCACAGACCGAUAUUUUCGGAAUUCCUGUCCGUAUUCCUAAAACGGAUUCCUUUGGAUUCCCAGUACUGCGUCCCAAGACUGAUGCUUUUGGACAGCCGGUCACUGAUAAGGACGGCCACACUUUCAUGGUUCCGGUUCCAGCUAAUGCAACCCAACCAACUCCAAAACCAGAAACUGAUGCCUUCCAUAAUCCGAUAAUGGUCCCCAAAACCGAUGUGUAUGGUCAUCCGGUUACAGACAAAAAUGGAAAUCCAGUUCUGGUUCCAAAGCCAGAUGCAAAUGCCAUUCCCACCACAACACCACAUGUGUCAGGUUCCCCCGAACCUGGCAGGAUUGUGUGUAAUCCAGGCUGGACUUAUCCCAUGAAUGUGGACUCACCCAGUACUGGAAACGGGGACAAUGAAACUCUGGCCAGACUCCGAACCAAGUUCUCAUUCUGCCAUGAGGACGAUAUUGUGGCUGCCCGUUGUAGCGAGUUGCUGAGUGGCAUGUCUCCUGCUGACUUGGGUCAAAAGGUCACAUGUGAUAAGAAUGGUCUGCUCUGUCUAAACGAAGAUCAACCCAGCGGAAAAUGCCGUGACUAUCUCAUUCAAUUUUACUGCAAGUGCAAACCAGGUCCUGAUGUAAAUGUGUCCGUUUCUCCGAGCCCUAGCCAGCCAGAACCUACUAAUCCUCCCAUUGCUCAUGGCAAAGACAACUGUGAUCAUGAGGUGGGUGUGGUUAACUUUGCUCCUGAUCAGUUCCUAGCGUCUUCAUCAUUGGACGUGGACCACGAUGCAGACAAGGCUCGGCUUCGUAAAGCCACGGCUUGGGUAGCGAGGUACAGUGACGAACAUGAGUUUAUCCAGGUGAACUUUAAAAUGCCCACCACAAUGACAGGUGUUCGUGUUCAAGGGGACCCCAAAACCCAGUCCUGGGUCACAAAGUUCAUUGUUAAAUUCAGUAACGAUGGCCAAAGAUGGACCCCGUAUUACCAGAGUUUCGCAGUGGAGCCAAAAAUGUUCCGUGGAAGCAUGGACAGCGACACUGUAGCAACAGCGUUCUUUGAUCGGGAAGUCACGGCUCGAUAUGUACGCAUUAUUCCACAAGAGUGGCACAAUCGAAUCGCAAUGAGGUUUGAAGUUCUGGACUGUCCCAAGACAACGGAAACACCCGCUGUGUCCACCAGUUCUCCAAAAGUGACACCAAAAGCUGAGUGCUUGGAUCCAAUGGGAAUUGAGAACAGCGCCAAGAUUCUGGACAGUCAGCUUUUAGCCUCAAGUAGCAGAGAUUCCUUUUCUGGUGCUUUGGCUGGUCGUUUAUUUAAUGACCUUGGGGCCUGGGUCCCUCAGGAUGGCGGACAGAAAAACUGGCUUCAAGUAGACUUUGGCUCCCCAGGAACCAUCUCCGGUAUCCUCACGCAGGGCAGUCCCCGUGAGGAACGAUGGGUCACUAAUUUCGCAGUGUCGUACAGUGUCGACGGCCUGGAAUUUUCGCUUGUCAACGGACCAGAUGGCAAGACGGCCAUGUUCACUGGAAAUGUGGAUCAGAAUUCAGUGGUGAAGAAUAUGUUUACGUCUCCAAUUUAUGCUCGAUAUGUUCGGAUUGUACCUAUAGAAUCCAGCCCGUCAGGCCCAGGACUGCGGUUUAAUUUGCUGGGCUGUUCCUCCGAGUCGUUACACACCACCACGGAGACCACCAAGAUCCUCACGGCAACCCCUCAACCUGUGUCAACAAUUGAACCAAUCUGCAGUCAGUCCAUGGGAAUAGAAGAAGCGGAGAGAAUCCCUGACAGGCUAAUGACGGCAUCCUCCGAGAAAAACGCAACAUAUGCUGCUUCCCAAGGACGUAUCAAUACUGGCGGUCACUCCUGGAGACCAGCGGUCACAGACCAAACACCUUAUAUCGAGAUCAACUUCUUGGAGCCCAAACUGAUUACCGGUGUUGUGACUCGAGGAGAUGGACAGAUUGAUCACUGGGUGCGAACUUUUACUGUAUCUACAAGUAUUGAUGGGACCAAUUAUUCUCCGUACAGUGAUGGUGGAAUUCCGGAGCCAAAAGUGUUUAAUGGCAACAAUGACAAGUCCACGGCAAUGACAAAUUUCUUCAACAGACAGGUGCUUGCCCAGUAUGUGCGUAUUAAUCCCAAAUCAGUGAAUGGUGAAGUGUCCCUACAGUUCAAUGUUCUGGGCUGUAACCCUGCCCAGAAGCCUGGGCCAACCACAGAAUCUCCUGUUGUCCCAGAAACGGAUGAAUUUGGAAAUCCUAUCCUGAUCCCAAAGACAGAUGAGUACGGAAGACCCAUGACCGACUUUUAUGGUAACACUGUGAUGGUUCCCAAGCCUUAUUCUCAGGGUACCCCAACACCUUCUCCAGCAACAGAUGACCAACAUCGCCCAAUCUUGAUACCUAAAACAGAUUCAUAUGGCAAAUUAGUUACAGAUGAUCAAGGAAACACAGUAAUGGUUCCCCUACCCCAUGACCAGGUGACGCCCAAAGCAAUUCCCAUAACAGAUGCCCAGGGAAAUCCGGUACUGGUACCAAAGACCGAUUCUUACGGAGUACCUAUGACAGACGAAAAUGGGCAUACAAUUAUGGUGCCCUUGACUGAACCUGCUAAUAAGCCCUCUGUUGUGCCUGUGACUGACUCCCAAAAGCAGCCCAUCCUGGUGCCCAAAACGGACUCCUAUGGAAAACCAAUGACUGAUGAACAGGGAAGCACUAUUAUGGUGACUAUACCUUACACUCACGGUCCUCCUACUCCAUCGCCACAGACAGAUGAAAAUGGGAAUCCAAUCUUGGUACCAAAGACUGAUUCCUAUGGCAAGCCAAUGACUGACGAGAGUGGAAAGACCAUCAUGGUGCCACUCCCAGCUGCAACAGCAAAACCAACACCAGAGCCAGUAACGGACACUCAAGGAAAUCCUGUGUUAAUUCCUAGAACAGAUACCUAUGGGAGACCAGUAACAGAUGCACAGGGACACACCAUGAUGAUUCCAGUCUAUGUGUCUCAUAAAACACCUAUCCCAAUACCUAAAACCGAUGACUUUGGCAAUCCGAUCAUGAUCCCAAAGACCGACACCUAUGGAAAACCCAUGACUGAUGACUUUGGGGAGACUAUAAUGGUACCUGAUUACUACACACAAGGCCAACCAACUCCACGGCCUCAGACAGACGUAUUUGGGCAGCCCAUCCUUGUUCCCAAGACUGACACUUAUGGCAAACCGGUGACAGACGAUUUCGGUAAUACUGUCAUGGUACCGCUGCCUGAAACCACAGACAAACCCACCCCAUCACCAUGGACAGACAAGUUUGGAAAUCCAAUUCUGGUUCCGAAAACGGAUGAAUAUGGAAGACCCUACACAGACAAGCAGGGAAACACCGUGAUGAUCCCGGUUCCCUACCCUCAGAGUUCACCAAUACCUAACCCAGUCACCGAUAAAUUUGGAAAACCGGUGUUGGUACCGAGAACUGAUGAGUACGGAAAACCAUAUACUGAUAGGUUGGGGAACACAGAAAUGGUACCAAUUCCAUACACACAAGGCCAGCCAACUCCCAAACCAAAAACAGACGCUCAGGGUAACCCGAUACUGGAACCAAGGACGGAUGAAUAUGGAAAACCGUAUACAGAUAUAUUUGGAAACACAGAAAUGGUUCCUGUGCCAGAAAACCAGAAUUCACCAACUCCGGUGCCUUUGACUGAUGAGCAAGGAAGGCCAAUUAUGGUGCCCAAGACGGAUUCUUAUGGCAAGCCAAUGACAGAUGAACUUGGAAACCCCAUAAUGGUACCUAAACCAGCCCCAACUGGAAAUCCCACCCCAGCCCCACAGACAGACGAAAAUGGAAUCCCUAUCCUGGUGCCAAAGACAGACUCUUAUGGUAAACCUAUGACAGAUGAACAAGGUAGAACAAUCAUGGUUCCAUUGCCAGCCACUACUGGAUUGCCAACACCUGAACCUCUGACUGAUAAAUUUGGAAAUCCAGUUCUUAUGCCAAAAACCGAUUCCUAUGGAAAACCAAUGACCGAUGAAAAUGGUAAUACAGUAAUGGUUCCGGUUCCUGCCAAUAACGGAAGUCCAACACCAGCUCCACAAACGGAUGAACAGGGAAACCCAAUCUUGGUGCCAAAGACAGACUCCUAUGGCAAACCAAUGACAGAUGAAAAUGGUCACACUAUCAUGGUUCCACUUCCUGCCACACACGGUCAACCCACCCCUGAGCCAGAAACUGACAAAUUUCAUAACCCCAUAUUGAUUCCAAAGACAGAUUCCUAUGGUAAUCCCAUGACAGAUGAGCAUGGUAGUACUAUUAUGGUUCCAAAACCGGCCACACAUAGCACACCCACUCCAGUACCAGCCACUGAUGAGCAUGGUAACCCUAUCAUGGUCCCAAGAACCGAUUCCUAUGGCAAACCAAUGACUGAUGCUGAAGGAAGCACCAUACUGGUUCCUCUGCCUGCAAAUAACAGCACCCCUGUGAUUAUCCCAGAGACGGAUGAAUUUGGAAAUCCUAUCCUGGUUCCCAGAACUGAUGAAUAUGGCAAACCAUACACCAAUAGCCAAGGUAAAACUGAACUGGUUCCUAAACCAGCUACACCACAGAAACCCACCCCUGAACCAGAGACAGACAAAUUUGGUAACCCUGUUCUGGUACCCAGGACUGAUGAAUAUGGAAAACCAUUUACAGAUAAGUACGGCCGCACACAGUGGGUUCCCAAACCUGCCACUCAUGGUCUUCCUACACCAGUCCCCGAAACGGAUAAAUUCGGAAACCCAAUUCUAGUUCCGAGGACUGACGAGUAUGGUAGACCGUACACAGAUGAGCAUGGUAACACAGAAAUGGUUCCCAAACCAGCUUAUCAGGGAACACCCACUCCAGCCCCAGAAACCGAUCAGUUCGGACAGCCCAUCCUGGUUCCGAGAACGGAUGAAUAUGGUCACCCAUACACAGAUGAGCAUGGUAACACAGAAAUGGUUCCCAAACCAGGGACUUUCGGUGCACCCGCUGUGACACCAAUAACUGAUGAAUUCGGACAGCCAAUCCUGGUUCCAAAGACUGAUGAAUAUGGGAGACCUUUGACUGACAAGUAUGGCUCUACGACAAUGAUUCCACUGGUGCCUGUAUCCCAUGCUGUGCCUACAAAGUUACCACGAGUGUGUCUGUCUAAUAUGGGAGUGGACGAUAAGUAUGUCAUCAAAAACAGCCAGCUGUCAGCUUCUUCUUUCAGUGGAACCAACACUGCAGGUCAAGGUCGUCUCUUUGGGGAUUUCUCAUGGCAACCAAGAUCAAAUGACACAUCUCCAUGGAUUCAGGUUGAUCUUGGAAAAUGGUCUUUGAUUUCUGGUGUGAUCACACAAGGGGGCACAGUCAACAGGAAGUUUGUCAAAACAUACACGAUUUACACCAGCAUUGAUGGCAAGAACUUUGUUCCAUACUCUGACCUCCCUGGAGCCGGAAUUCCUAAAUCAUUCGUUGGCAACAAGGAUGGAGACACCCCGAUGAGGAAUCUGUUCAACAGAAAUAUCACCGCCCAAUAUAUCAGGAUUUACCCACAAUCCACUUCUGCAGCUGGAACGGCAAUCAGGCUGAAUAUCUUAGGAUGCAAUCCGUCAGUUCCAGUUAAACCCAGCCCCUCGGGAACAGCAACACCAGUUUGUGAUGUCAAGAUGGGCUUAUCUAACGGGCAGAUCGUCUCCAAUGCCCAGUUUAAGGCCUCCAGCAUUUUAGAUGGUUUCCAUGGACCAGAGCGCGGCCGAUUAUACAGUCACAGAGAUGGACAUUUCACGGGAGGAUGGACCCCAAGUGUAAACAACAAUCGACAGUGGAUCCAAGUUGACCUACUUUCAAAUGAAGAGAUUUAUGGAGUGAUCACGCAGGGACGUUCCGACCUUCCAUACUGGGUCACAGAAUAUGAAGUUUACUACAGCACAGAUGGAAGAUCAUACCAACCUGUAACCUCAAGCCUGGCCGACAAAACACCGCAGACGUUCAAUGGAAAUAUGGACAACCACAACCCAGUGACCAACGUCUUCAACCAGAAAGUUGUAGCUAGAUUUAUCAGGAUCGUUCCACUGAAGUGGAGGGAGGCCAUUGGCCUGAGGUUCGAGCUGAUCGGCUGCAAACAACUGACUCCAUCUCCCCUUGUCUCUGUUUCCCCAACCUCGUCCACCACUCCCGGCCGUGGUCCCACGUCUUGCAUGUAUUGGACACCCUGGGUCAACACCAACACUCCCGACACCACCGGGGAUUACGAGACCAUCAUGCACCUGAAUUCGCUGGUACGAUCUUGUAACAUGACGGACAUGAAGGCUAUUGAGUGUCGAGCCGUGGGGACCAGAAAAUCGUGGGAUGAAGCAGGAGAUAUAGAUGUGAAAUGUGACCUUGGGGCCCAGGGUCUGGUCUGCUUCAACCGGGUACAGGGAGGUGGACAGUGUCAGGAUUAUGAAAUCAGGGUCUUCUGUGACGAGUGUCCAACUACAACAGGUCCAUCACAGCCAGUGACGACGCCCACUAACUACAAGGAAACCUCAUCCCCAGAGUCCACCACACCCCCCACCAAAGAGCCAUGUCAAAACAAGACGGCCUGGUCACCAUGGAUCAAUAAUCAGACCCCCGGCAGCACCAGCGUGGGAGAGUUUGAGAAGAUGACUGUUAGCCAGAAAAAGACCUUCUGUCCUGAUGGUGUGAUUAAUGGUGUUGAAUGCGAGACCGUAGACGGACAGCCAUGGUUUGAUACCAAUCAGAUUGUCACCUGUGACAUCACGGAUGGAUUUAUCUGUGACAAUAGCUUGAAUUUUGGAGAUAUGUGCCGAGACUACAAAAUCCGAUACCAGUGUCAAGUCAUAUGUAAUGAAACAACUACCACAACAAGCACCACUUCCAGUACCACCUCCACCACAACAAGCACCACCACCAGCACCACACAGUCCACCACCAGCACACCACCAAGCACCACCCAGUGUGUGGAACACGACAAGGUGUCUCCUUGGAUCAAUAGAGACAAGCCAUAUGUAGGAGAUGGUGACAAAGAGGCCAUGACAAGCGCAGAAUUAGCAAGGUUCUGCGACUCGAAUCUGGGAUACUACAUCAAGGCAGUGGAGUGCAUGGCUGUGGAUGGACUGAUUCCGAGCUACAGCACUGGCGACAAGAUGAUCUGUGAUAAAGACCUCGGCUCAAUCUGCCUCAACAGCGACAAUUUCCCUGUACAAUGCCAAGACUACAUGAUAAGAUAUGUGUGUCACCAGACUUGUGUCACAACCAAACCCACAAACCCCAAUCUCUAUGUUCCAGUGACAGACAAGUUUGGAAACCCUAUUCUGGUGCCCAGGACAGACUCCUACCACCAUCCCUACACUGAUGAGAACGGACGUACAGAACUCGUCCCCGUGGGGUAUGUACAAGUCACACCCACUCCAGCACCAGCAACAGAUUCUCAUGGAAAACCCAUCUUCGUCCCAAAAACUGACUCGUAUGGUAAACCCAUGACUGAUGAAAGUGGUAACCCCAUCAUGGUUCCUCUGCCUGCCACACACGGAUUGCCAACACCUGAACCACAAACGGAUGAAAGUGGAAAACCAAUCCUGGUCCCCAAGACUGACUCAUAUGGCAAACCUAUGACAGAUAUAAGUGGAAACACAAUUAUGGUGCCAUUGCCAGCCACUCAUGGUUUGCCAACACCAGCACCACAAACAGACAAGUUUGGAAAGCCGAUCCUGGUUCCUAAGACAGACGAAUAUGGCAAGCCUUAUACAGAUGUUGCUGGACACACAGUUAUGGUGCUAGUACCAGCAGUAACCCAGGGUAAACCAACACCGGUCCCUGUCACUGACAAAUUUGGUAACCCUGUUCUGGUUCCGAGAACGGAUGAGUAUGGUAAACCUUAUACCGACAAAAAUGGGGAAACCGAAAUGGUUCCCGUACCAUACAAGCAGAAUACCCCUACUCCUUCUCCUCAAACAGACGAGAAUGGAAACCCAAUACUUGUACCAAAGACUGACAGUUAUGGUAAACCAAUGACAGAUGACCAAGGCAACACAAUAAUGGUUCCAUUACCAGAAUAUCAGGGGACUCCUACCCCAGCACCACAAACGGACGAAAAUGGAAACCCAAUCUUGGUGCCUAAAACCGACUCUUAUGGGAAACCGAUGACUGAUGAGAAUGGUAAAACUAUAAUGGUGCCUCUACCAGUCACACAAGGUCUGCCAACUCCUUCACCACAAACAGAUAAGUUCGGAAAUCCAAUUCUGGUUCCAAAAACCGAUGAAUAUGGUAAACCAUACACUGAUGAGCAUGGAAACACAGUGAUGGUACCAGUGCCUUAUACUCCUGGCCAUCCAACUCCAUCCCCUCAAACAGAUGCUCAGGGUAACCCCAUACUUGUACCGAGGACUGAUGAGUAUGGUAAACCAUACACAGAUGAUCAGGGAAACACUGAGAUGGUACCAUUACCAUAUGUACAAGGCACUCCCACCCCUGCCCCGCAAACAGACAAAUUUGGAAACCCAAUACUUGUACCGAAGACUGACGAGUAUGGAAAACCAUACACAGAUGAACAGGGUAACACAGUCAUGGUGCCAGUACCGUACAAACAGAGUUCUCCAACACCAGCUCCCGCCACAGACGAACAUGGUAAUCCAAUCCUGGUCCCCAAGACUGAUUCCUAUGGGAAACCUAUGACGGAUGAUCAAGGUCACACUAUAAUGGUACCCGUGCCAUAUGGACAGUAUAAGCCAACUGCAGCUCCACAGACCGAUGAGUUUGGACACCCAAUCAUGGUCCCUAGGACUGACUCCUAUGGUAAGCCUAUGACUGAUGACCAGGGACGCACCAUCAUGGUACCACUUCCAGCAAAACAGCAGAGUCCAACAGCUCUGCCUCAGACAGAUGAACAUGGAAACCCUAUACUGGUGCCCAAGACAGAUGAAUAUGGCAGACCCUACACGGACAAACAGGGCAGUACAGUCCUAGUUCCUUUGGUGUACACUUAUGGUCAGCCCACUCCAUCUCCACAAACAGAUGAGCAUGGUAAUCCCAUCCUAGUACCAAAGACAGACGAAUACGGAAAGCCAUACACUGAUGAGCACGGAAACACAGUGAUGGUACCAGUGCCGUACGUUCAAGGGUCUCCCACUCCAGCCCCUGCUACAGAUGCUCGAGGUCGACCAAUCCUGGUGCCAAAGACAGAUUCCUAUGGAAAGCCCAUGACAGAUGAACAUGGCAGCACAAUAAUGGUUCCACUGGCAUAUACACAGGGUACCCCAACCCCAGCCCCACAGACAGAUGAACAUGGAAAUCCCAUCUUGGUGCCGAAGACUGACUCGUAUGGCAAGCCUAUGACAGAUGAGAAUGGCAAUACUAUUAUGGUUCCAUUACCAGCCACCCACGGACAACCAACAGCAGCCCCGAAAACUGAUGAACAUGGAAAUCCCAUCUUGAUGCCAAAGACAGACUCCUAUGGCAAACCCAUGACAGAUGAAAAUGGUCACACUAUCAUGGUUCCUGUGCGAGAAACACAGGGAUUGCCAACGCCAGCACCCCAAACGGAUAAGUUUGGAAACCCCAUCCUCAUACCAAAGACAGACUCAUAUGGCAAACCUAUGACAGAUAAGUUUGGAAAAACAACUUGGGUUCCUCUUCCUGUUGGUCAGAGCACGCCUAUUCCCAUUCCAGAAACAGACCGAUUUGGUAACCCUAUCAUGGUGCCUAAAACAGAUUCUUAUGGAAAACCAAUGACUGAUGCCCAAGGACACACAAUCUUGGUGCCGAAACCAGCCGCUCAAGGAAAUCCGACUCCUUCACCACAAACUGAUGAAUUUGGAAAUCCCAUCAUGGUUCCAAAAACGGACUCCUAUGGAAAACCAAUGACUGACGAGAAUGGCCACAUAAUAAAGGUGCCUCUCCCAGUCCAACAGAGUACUCCUAUAGUGAUCCCACAGACAGACAAGUUCGGAAAUCCAAUUUUGGUGCCAAGAACAGAUGAGUAUGGCAGGCCAUUCACAGAUAAGUUUGGAAGUACUCAAAUGGUUCCUCUACCAGAAAAACAUGGAUUGCCCACUCCAGCACCUCAGACAGACGAGUUUGGUAACCCAAUCCUUGUACCAAGAACAGAUGAAUAUGGCAAGCCUUAUACAGAUAAAUUUGGAAAUACUGAAAUGGUGCCACUGUAUGAAACCCAGGGAGUACCAACACCCAAGCCCCAGACAGAUGCAUUUGGAAAUCCCAUUCUGGUUCCACGUACUGAUGAAUAUGGAAAACCGUAUACGGACAGAUUUGGAAAGACUCAGAUGGUGCCUCUUCCUGAAACACAGGGUGUCCCUACUCCUGAACCACAAACAGAUACAUAUGGAAAUCCCAUCCUUGUGCCAAGGACAGAUGAGUAUGGACGACCAUUUACUGAUGAAUUUGGAAACACACAAAUGGUGCCGCUGCCAGUAAAACAAGGUCAGCCCACUGUUGCUCCCAAAACGGACAAAUUCGGUAAUCCCAUACUGAUGCCUAGGACUGAUGAAUAUGGUAAACCAUAUACAGACAAGAAUGGACAGACACAAUGGGUGCCUGUCCCAGCGGGACAAGACAAACCAACUGUGGUGCCACAGACCGAUGAAUUUGGAAAUCCUAUACUUGUUCCCAAGACGGACGAAUAUGGCAAACCAUACACAGAUGCUAAAGGAAACACAGUGAUGGUGCCUGUUCCUUAUCAACAGGGUACUCCAACACCAGCCCCACAGACAGAUGAACAUGGAAAUCCCAUCUUGGUGCCGAAGACUGACUCAUAUGGCAAGCCUAUGACAGAUGAGAAUGGCAAUACUAUUAUGGUUCCAUUACCAGCCACCCAGGGACAACCAACAGCAGCCCCAAAAACUGAUGAACAUGGAAACCCCAUCUUGAUGCCAAAGACAGACUCCUAUGGCAAACCCAUGACAGAUGAAAACGGUCACACUAUCAUGGUUCCUGUGCGAGAAACACAGGGAUUGCCAACGCCAGCACCCCAAACAGAUAAGUUUGGAAACCCCAUCCUCGUACCUAAGACAGAUGAAUAUGGAAGACCAUAUACUGACAGUGAUCACCAUACUGUUAUGGUACCGUUACAGUAUGGCACCGACAAACCAACACCGUCACCACAAACAGAUGAGUUUGGAAAUCCCAUUCUAGUCCCAAGAACUGAUGAAUAUGGUAAACCGUACACAGACAAGAAUGGACAGACUGAAAUGGUUCCCCUACCAUACAACCAGCAAUCGCCCACUCCUGCACCACUCACUGACGCCCAAGGAAAUCCAGUCUUGGUUCCAAAAACGGACUCUUAUGGCAAACCAGUGACAGACGAUAAAGGACACACAAUUUUGGUAACAGUGCCAGCACCUGUGAAACAACAAACGCCAACACCAGUUCCUGAAACAGACAAGUUUGGGAAUCCUGUCCUUGUCCCAAAGACUGAUUCAUAUGGCAAACCAAUGACAGACAAUCAAGGUCACACUAUACUGGUGCCCAAACCAUACAGCCAGACUCAGCCAACACCUGCUCCAUUAACCGAUGAACAUGGAAAUCCCAUCAUGGUGCCAAAGACAGAUUCUUAUGGCCAUCCAAUGACAGAUGAAAACGGUCACACUAUCAUGGUUCCUCUACCGGCAAAACAAGACCUACCAACUCCUGCCCCCAAAACAGACAAAUACGGUAAUCCCAUUCUGGUUCCCAAGACCGAUGAAUAUGGACAUCCGUACACAGAUGAACAUGGUAACACUGUCAUGGUUCCAGUCCCUUAUGUACAAGGGAGUCCCACCCCAGCGCCACAGACAGAUGAACAUGGAAAUCCAAUCAUGGUGCCUAAGACAGAUUCCUAUGGUAAACCUAUGACAGAUAAGCAAGGUAAUACCAUCAUGGUACCACUGCCACCCACUCAGGGAACGCCAACUCUUAAACCAGUUACUGAUUCCUCAGGUAACACUGUCUUAGUGCCAAAGACAGACUCUUACAAUAAACCCAUGACUGAUGCGAGUGGCAGUACCAUUAUGGUACCACUACGUGAGACACAGGGAGUCCCGACACUGGCUCCUCAGACUGAUGAACAUGGUAAUCCAAUCAUGGUGCCAAAAACAGACUCCUACGGAAAGCCAAUGACGGAUGCUCAGGGGCAUACCAUCAUGGUACCAUUGCCAGUCGAGCAACGACAGCCAACACCUUCCCCUCAGACUGAUAAGUUUGGUAAUCCCAUACUGGUUCCUAGGACAGAUGAAUAUGGACAACCAUACACAGACAAAAAUGGUCAAACGGUUUUGGUACCACUUCCAUACGAUCAAAACAAGCCCACACCUUCACCAAUGACAGAUCGAUUUGGUAAUCCAAUAUUUGUGCCAAGAACUGAUGAAUACGGAAAACCAUACACAGACAAGUUUGGAAGAACAGAAAUGGUGCCUCUGCCAGGAUACCAAGGAACACCUACUCCAGCACCAAUGACAGAUAAAUUUGGAAGACCCAUCUUGGUACCUCGGACAGAUGAAUAUGGUCAUCCCUAUACCGAUAUAGAUGGACACACACAAAUGGUGCCCUUACCAGCGACUCACUCCACUCCCACUUUGAAACCAGAAACAACCAUUUUUGGAAGUACAGUUCUUAAGAGAUGUACGGCAAGUUACUGGUCACCAUACCUUAACCGAGACAAACCGGAAUUGGGAACUGGUGACUUUGAAAAAAUGACACCAGAAGAGCUGAGUGAAUUCUGCAAAGAUGGAAAUAUCACUCAGAUUGAGUGUAUGACUUACGAUGGAAUUCCGCACUACAGCUCUGGUGAAAUAUUGACCUGUAACCUUGAGAAAGGCUUUUCCUGUGUGAAUGCCGACAACUAUCCGGUGCGCUGCGCGGAUUACAAAAUCCGCUACUACUGUCAGUGUGAAGAAGUCUCCACCCUCACCCCACCUGUCUCCAUGCCAACUGAGGGCCCAGUCUUCAAACAGUGUGGCUGGUCAUCCUGGCUUAACUCCAACAGUCCCUCUGCCUCCUUGAGCUCUGGUGAUUUCGAGUCCAUCUACGACUUAAAGUCCAAGUACGGGUUGUGUAAAGAAAUUCGGCAGAUUGAGUGCCGUAUUGCUGGAAGCCACACACCAGUUGCCCUCGCUGGCCAGGAGAGUGUGGCAUGCGACAUCAGAAAUGGACUCCGGUGCUACAACCGGGAUCAGAUCUCUGGCCGUUGUUACGACUACGAAGUCCGCGUGCUCUGCUGGGUGGACAACUGUAACCCUGAUUUGCUGUCAACGUCCACAACAACUGCAGUACAUACUACCACACCCAUCUGUGCCCCAGGCGAGGUUUACCAGGCAUGCCCAUACAGAUGCAGCAACCUCUGCGAUGUCCUAUCCCAGCAGUCAUCAGCCUGCGGAGAUCCUUCCUCCGAUUCCUGUGUGCCGUAUUGUAAACCCCCAGGGCUGACCUGUCGUCCAGGCGAGAAGCUGAAGGACAAGAACACCUGUGUACCUGAGACCCAGUGUCCUUGUCGCAUGCAGAACGGAACCAUUGCUAGUCCUAUGAGUACUUGGACAAAUCCUUAUGAUGAGUGUUCCACUUGUCACUGCUUCAACAAUACAGUUACCUGUGCACGCGAUGAAAGCUGCGUGACCACCCCUCCUCCCACUCCAGCCAACCCUGUGACCCAUCCAGAUUGUGAGUGGACCUAUUGGAUAAACAUGGACACACCACUCAGUGGAGAUGGGGAUCUAGAAACCAUAUCCAAGAUCCGUACCCUCCAUAAAUUCUGUGCCUCUCCUGUCCAAAUCGAAUGCAGAGAUGCCGAGACAAAGAUGGCGGCCCAGCAGGGAGGACAGAGAGUGACUUGCGACAUCAACUCUGGAUUUAAAUGUCUCAACUGGGAGAACGAUGGUCAUUGUCGUGACUACGAAGUCCGCUUUUACUGCCCAUGUGCUAGCACACCAAGCACUGGAGCCAGUACAACUCCUCCUACAGUGAAGUCCAACACGUGUGGUUGGUCAGGCUGGUUAAACAAGGACAAUCCAUCAGUCAUGAAACCUAACAAGCCAUUCGCAGGUGACAUCGAAUCUAUUGCUGCCAUACGGGAACAAACUUGCGGAUACAACAUGAUGACAAAGAUUGAAUGUCGCACUGCAAAUGGACAUAUUCCAUCAGACAGAACCAAUGAAACCUUGUCUUGUGACAGAAUCCGUGGAUUGAGGUGUAAGAAUGCUCUGCAGGCUGACAAGAAGUGCAUGGACUAUGAAGUAAGGGUUUAUUGUGACUGCAGCAAUGUCACCACAUCCUCUCCUGGUCUCACUAGACCGGGUGGCCACUUCGAAGGAAGCACUACCAAGACUGUGGACAUUUGUGGCUGGACCACUUGGAUGAAUGGUCACGCUCCUGAUAAUCAUGGUGAGGUGGAAAUGUUGUCAGAACUGGAGAAGGAUUACAAAUUCUGCCACACGGAUGAAAUCACUGCCAUAGAAUGUCGUGACAGCAUCACUGGUCUGUCGGUCAUGGAUGCUGGUCAGAGCGGUGUCAUCUGCGAUGUGAAUCAUGGAGGUCUGAAAUGUGACGCGACAAAGCAAACCGCCCACGGUGGACAGUGUUACGAUUAUGAAAUCAGGGUGCUUUGUGAACCUAAGGGUGUCACUUGUAAUCCAUCCACCGAACCUAAUGCCACACCGAUGCUUGUACCUCUGACUGACAUUUACGGUAAGCCUGUGACAGACAAGGACGGUCACACAGUCAUGGUUCCUGUCACUGCCACACAGGGCACUCCCACCGCUGUCCCGGUCACUGACAAGUUCGGUAACCCAGUUUUAGUCCCCAAGACUGAUAUAUAUGGUAAGCCAGUGACGGACACUAGUGGUAAAACAGUCAUGGUGACUGUGCUAGAACCUAUAAAAGGACCGCAGGGUGUACCUACUGCUGUGCCAAAAACUGACAAGUUUGGUAACCCUGUUUUAGUCCCCAAGACUGAUGUAUAUGGUAAACCAGUGACGGACACUAGUGGAAAACCAGUCAUGGUCACCGUGUUGGAGCCGGUGACAGAGCCACAAGGUGUACCAACUGCUAGACCCAAGACAGAUGAAUUUGGAAACCCGCUGUUGGUACCCAAGACUGAUAGCUAUGGAAAACCAGUGACAGAUGCCAAUGGAAACACGCAGAUGGUGACCGUGUUGGAACCCGUUCCACACGGAACAGAUACCCCCAUGCUGGUUCCCAAGACAGAUGAACAAGGAAACCCAAUUCUGGUCCCCAAAACUGAUUCCUAUGGACAACCAGUUACUGAUGUGAAUGGUCACACAGAAAUGGUGACAGUUUUAGUUCCAGGACCACCCAGCCAUGUUGCACCAACAGCAGUACCCAAAACAGACAAAUUUGGUAACCCAGUUCUUGUGCCCAAGACCGAUGCUUUUGGAAUACCUGUCACAGACACUAGUGGAAAACCAGUCAUGGUCACCGUACUGGAGCCGGUGACAGAGCCACAAGGUGUACCAACUGCUAGACCCAAGACGGAUGAAUUUGGAAACCCACUGUUGGUACCCAAGACUGAUAGCUAUGGAAAACCAGUGACAGAUGCCAAUGGAAACACGCAGAUGGUGACCGUGUUGGAACCUGUUCCACAUGGAACAGAUACCCCCAUGCUGGUUCCCAAGACAGAUGAACAAGGAAACCCAAUUCUGGUCCCCAAAACUGAUUCCUAUGGACAACCAGUUACUGAUGUGAAUGGUCACACAGAAAUGGUGACAGUUUUAGUUCCAGGACCACCCAGCCAUGCUGCACCAACAGCAGUACCCAAAACAGACAAAUUUGGUAACCCAGUUCUUGUACCCAAGACCGAUGCUUUUGGAAUACCUGUCACAGACACUAGUGGAAACCCAGUCAUGGUCACCGUGCUGGAGCCGGUGACAGAGCCACAAGGUGUACCAACUGCUAGACCCAAGACGGAUGAAUUUGGAAACCCGCUGUUGGUACCCAAGACUGAUAGCUAUGGAAAACCAAUGACAGAUGCCAAUGGAAAUACACAGAUGGUGACCGUGUUGGAACCUAUUCCACACGGAACAGAUACCCCCAUGCUGGUUCCCAAGACAGAUGAACAAGGAAACCCAAUUCUGGUCCCCAAAACUGAUUCCUAUGGACAGCCAGUUACUGAUGUGAAUGGUCACACAGAAAUGGUGACAGUUUUAGUUCCAGGACCACCCAGCCAUGUUGCACCAACAGCAGUACCCAAAACAGACAAAUUUGGUAACCCAGUUCUUGUGCCCAAGACCGAUGCUUUUGGAAUACCUGUCACAGACACUAGUGGAAAACCAGUCAUGGUCACCGUACUGGAGCCGGUGACAGAGCCACAAGGUGUACCAACUGCUAGACCCAAGACGGAUGAAUUUGGAAACCCACUGUUGGUACCCAAGACUGAUAGCUAUGGAAAACCAAUGACAGAUGCCAAUGGAAACACGCAGAUGGUGACCGUGUUGGAACCCGUUCCACACGGAACAGAUACCCCCAUGCUGGUUCCCAAGACAGAUGAACAAGGAAACCCAAUUCUGGUCCCCAAAACUGAUUCCUAUGGACAACCAGUUACUGAUGUGAAUGGUCACACAAAAAUGGUGACAGUUUUAGUUCCAGGACCACCCAGCCAUGCUGCACCAACAGCAGUACCCAAAACAGACAAAUUUGGUAACCCAGUUCUUGUGCCCAAGACUGAUGCUUUUGGAAUACCUGUCACAGACACUAGUGGAAACCCAGUCAUGGUCACCGUGCUGGAGCCGGUGACAGAGCCACAAGGUGUACCAACUGCUAGACCCAAGACGGAUGAAUUUGGAAACCCACUGUUGGUACCCAAGACUGAUAGCUAUGGAAAACCAAUGACAGAUGCCAAUGGAAAUACACAGAUGGUGACUGUGUUGGAACCUAUUCCACAUGGAACAGAUACCCCCAUGCUGGUUCCCAAGACAGAUGAACAAGGAAACCCAAUUCUGGUCCCCAAAACUGAUUCCUAUGGACAGCCAGUUACUGAUGUGAAUGGUCACACAGAAAUGGUGACAGUUUUAGUUCCAGGACCACCCAGCCAUGUUGCACCAACAGCAGUACCCAAAACAGACAAAUUUGGUAACCCAGUUCUUGUGCCCAAGACCGAUGCUUUUGGAAUACCUGUCACAGAUACCAGUGGAAAACCAGUUAUGGUCACUGUGUUGGAGCCAGUAACUAAACCAGAGGGUGUGCCAACUGCAGUACCUAAAACAGACAAAUUCGGAAAUCCAUUACUCGUACCCAAGACUGAUAGCUAUGGAAAACCAGUGACAGAUGCCAAUGGAAACACGCAGAUGGUGACCGUGUUGGAACCCGUUCCACAUGGAACAGGUACCCCCGUGCUGGUUCCCAAGACAGAUGAACAAGGAAACCCAAUUCUGGUUCCAAAAACUGAUAUCUAUGGACAACCAGUUACUGACCAAAACAAGAACACUAUUAUGGUCACCGUGUUGGAGCCGGUCACAGAGCCACAAGGUGUACCAACUGCUAGACCCAAGACGGAUGAAUUUGGAAACCCACUGUUGGUACCCAAGACUGAUAGCUAUGGAAAACCAAUGACAGAUGCCAAUGGAAACACGCAGAUGGUGACUGUGUUGGAACCUGUUCCACAUGGAACAGAUACCCCCAUGCUGGUUCCCAAGACAGAUGAACAAGGAAACCCAAUUCUGGUCCCCAAAACUGAUUCCUAUGGACAGCCAGUUACUGAUGUGAAUGGUCACACAGAAAUGGUGACAGUUUUAGUUCCAGGACCACCCAACCAUGCUGCACCAACAGCAGUACCCAAAACAGACAAAUUUGGUAACCCAGUUCUUGUGCCCAAGACCGAUACUUUUGGAAUACCUGUCACAGACACCAGUGGAAAUACACAGAUGGUGACCGUAUUGGAAACCUUACCAACCACUUCCACCAUUGCUACAGUAAUCACCACUUGUGCCACGUUCUGGUCCAACUGGUCCAACGUCAACCAUCCCGGUGGCACCUUCCCAGGAGACAAAGAACUCACCCCCAAGGAAUAUACAGACAGGACCGAAUUCUGCCGUGGUGGCUCCAUCACAAAGGUGGAGUGUUACAGCGUCGGUAUGAAUGCCCCGUCUUACUCUAGUGGUGAAAUCUUAAAUUGUGACACCACUGUUGGACUGGAAUGUAAUGAUGCUGACAAUUUCCCAAUGCCUUGUACAGACUACAAGAUACGAUACUUCUGUGACAUCUGUUCUGCUGUGACACCUGGCUCCAAUGUGACUCCAGUUCCAUCAACUUCCAUCACCGUGGGAACAGGCACUCCCAAACCUACCUCACCAAUGGUGUGUGCUAACGGUAACUCCGCCCAGCUUCCCAUCAGUAUCGCUGACAACCAGCUGUCAGCCUCAUCCAGUGUCCGCCCAGAAUCUGGACCUCAGAAGUCUCACCUUGACAGUGACAGUGGAUGGGUCCCAUCAUCCAACGACAAGAAUCAGUGGCUGAUGGGCACCUUCUCUCAACCCCAGAUAAUCUACGCCGUAUCUACGCAAGGUUUGAGAGGGGAACAGAAGUGGGUGUCAUCAUACUACUUGAUGUACUCCAUGGAUGGGACUAAUUUUACUUACUACCAGGAGGAGGGACAAAGAAAAGUGUUUUCUGGGAAUUUCGACUCGGACACCACCUCGACUCACACAGUGAAUCCUUUCGUUGCUAAAUUUGUGAGAAUUGUUCCUGAGAGAUGGCAUGGUGGAAUUGGCCUACGCUGGCAGCUGAUUGGAUGUCGAGCUGCCCCAACAGUGGCAGGCCAGUCCACCUUGACCCCAGCUGUCACCCCUACCAAUGCUCCAACUCCACAGUGUGUGGAGAAGUGGUCAACAUGGAUCAACAAAAACAGUCCAAUCCGACAGGGUGCCCUGGGAGACUACGAGAAAAUGACUGACACAGAGAAGGCGUUGUUUUGUCCCGGUGGAAACAUCACGAAGGUGGAGUGUCACGCCGUCAGUGGAGACAUUCCCAGCUACAGUUCUGGGGAGAUUUUAACCUGUUACCCAGAUCAGGGACUUGUUUGUAACAAUGCUGAUAACUACCCCAUGGUGUGCUCCGACUACAAGGCUAGGUUCUUCUGUGGAUGUCCAGCACCAGUCACUGAUGCCAACAGCAAGACAACAAACCCUGUUCCCACCAAGCCAGACAGUGGUCACAAUGUCCAGUCCACCACCACUGACACCCCACCACCCCCACCCUGCGUGGGCGGCUGGUCAGCUUGGAUUAACCACAACAACCCAGCUAGUGGUACCGGCGACCAUGAACAGCUGACUGAUGCUGAGAAACUACAGCUGUGUUCUGGAGGCAACUUCACAAAAGUGGAAUGCUACGUUGAGGGUGGAGACAUCCCGAGCUAUAGCUCUGGAGAAGUGGCCACGUGUUCUGUAGACAGAGGCUUCUCCUGUAACAACGCUGACAACUUCCCCAUACCGUGCUCGGACUACAAGGCCAGAUUCUACUGCCAGUGUCCAGCACCAGUCACUGAUGCCAACAGCAAAACAACAAACCAUGUUCCCACCAAGCCAGACAGUGGUCACAAUGUCCAGUCCACCACCACUGACACCCCACCACCCUCACCCUGUGUGGGCGGCUGGUCAGCUUGGAUUAACCACAACAACCCAGCUAGUGGUACCGGCGACUAUGAACAGCUGACUGAUGCUGAGAAACUACAGCUGUGUUCUGGAGGCAACUUCACAAAAGUGGAAUGCUACGUUGAGGGUGGAGACAUCCCAAGCUAUAGCUCCGGAGAAGUGGCCACGUGUUCGGUAGACAGAGGCUUCUCCUGUAACAACGCUGACAACUUCCCCAUACCGUGCUCAGACUACAAGGCCAGAUUCUACUGCCAGUGUCCAGCACCAGUCACUGAUGCCAACAGCAAAACAACAAACCAUGUUCCCACCAAGCCAGACAGCGGUCACAAUGUCCAGUCCACCACUGACUCCCCACCUCCCAAAACACGCUGCGUGAGUGGCUGGUCAGCUUGGAUCAACCACAACAACCCAGCUAGUGGUACCGGCGACCAUGAACAGCUGACUGAUGCUGAGAAACUACAACUGUGUUCAGGAGGCAACUUCACAAACGUGGAAUGUCACGUAGUGGACGGAGACAUCCCGAGCUACAGCUCCGGAGAAGUGGCCACGUGUUCGUUAGACAGAGGCUUCACCUGUAACAACGCUGACAACUUCCCCAUACCGUGCUCAGACUACAAGGCCAGAUUCUACUGCCAGUGUCCAGCAUCUCCCAUCACUGACCCCAUCAGCAGGACAACAAAACUUGUUCCCACCAAUCCUGACAGUGGUCACAACCCCCAAAUCUCCACCACUAACAUGCCACCUCCCAUUACACCCUGCGUGGGCGGCUGGUCAGCUUGGAUCAACCACAACAACCCAGCUAGUGGUACCGGCGACUAUGAACAGUUGACUAAUGCUGAGAAACUACAGCUCUGUUCUGGAGGCAACUUCACAAAAGUGGAAUGUUACGUUGUGGACGGAGACAUCCCGAGCUACAGCUCCGGAGAAGUGGCCACGUGUUCGGUAGACAGAGGCUUCUCAUGCAACAACGCCGACAACUUCCCCAUACCGUGCUCAGACUACAAGGCCAGAUUCUACUGCCAGUGUCCAGCGACAACAGUUAAACCAACCGGAACUGCAGCCCUUCAUAAAGGCACCACCCACCCUGUUCUAACAGAUUCCAGUGGUCAUCCAGUGGCAUCCACAACCCCCACGCCACCACCGCAACACAAGGUCUGUAAGACAGGCUUCACUGAUUGGAUCAACAGAGAUCACCCGUAUACUGGUAAUGGAGAUCACGAAGCCUUGACCGACACAGAGAAGGCUGACCGCUGUCCGGGAGGAACAAUGACUCGAGUGGAGUGUUACGCGGCGACUGGCGACAUUCCAUCGUACAGCUCUGGAGAAGUGUUAACCUGCGACAUGGCUACAGGGCUGACCUGUAACAAUGCUGACAAUGUUCCUAUCACAUGCACAGAUUACAGGAUCCGCUACUACUGCCAAUGCUCGGACAAUGGUAGUGGUGGCUCUACAGCUGCUCCUGUCACCAUGACAACUGCUGCCCCCAUGACAACGGCCCCAGCUCAGUGUCAGACACGAUGGUCAUCUUGGAUAAAUACAGAUAAUCCGACAUCCGAUGGAAUGGAGUAUGAACACUGGACAGCCGUGCAGAAGCUUCAGUUCUGUCCCGGUGGACGGGUGGACAAAAUCGAGUGUGUCACUGUCGAUGGUGACAUUCCAUCGUACAGCUCAGGGGAGAUGUUGACAUGUUACGCUGACAGCGGACUUGUUUGUAGAAAUGCGGAUAACUUCCCAGUAGACUGUCAAAACUACAAGAUCCGUUAUCAUUGCAACUGUCCGGGAGCACCUGUGCCAGGCGGAAACCGGAGAACCACUCCAAGUGGCAACCAGUCCCCCACCACCAAGGAACCGGCCACUCACAUCCCCACCACCUGUAAAGUUCCAAUGGGAAUGGAGGGCAAACAGAUCAGGGAUGAAAUGAUCACCGCCUCAAGUUUCCGAGAUGCCAACAGCAGUCCAGAGAAAGCUCGGCUCAACACAAAUGGAUUCUGGAUGCCGGCUAUGGACAGGAAGUCGGAGUACCUGCAGAUUGACUUCCUCCAGCAGGCCUACUUGACAGGAAUCACGACUCAGGGUCGUCCAGAUGCCCCGACCUACGUCACCUCUUACAAACUUCAGUUUUCCACAGAUGGAAUCAAUUGGAACACGUACCAGGAAUCGGGGGCCGAAAAGAUUUUCAGCGGAAACUUUGACUCAACUACCCCGGUGACAUAUUACUUCACCGGUCCUCUUCACGCUCAAUACUUACGUAUCCUUCCACAGACAUGGCAAGGGAAAAUAGCUCUAAGAGUUGAAGUCAUUGGUUGUCCCAUGAUUUAUCCCACUACCACCCCACUCCCGACACCCAAGCCUACAACAGUGGCAGCAACGCCUGCCCUGAAACCAGGAGUCACGUCAACCAUCAGAGAGUCGUGCAUCGAAUACGACACCUGGGUGAAUGUUGGGCACAACACACCGGGAAGCACAGGUGACAGAGAACCCAUUGACAAAGUCAAGCAACUGUCCCUCCAUUGCCAGCGGCCGCUCAGGAUCCAGUGUCAGACGGUAGGGGGAGUUGACUAUGACCAGACUUCACAGAUUGUCAGCUGUAACCUGUGGGAGGGGCUGACCUGUAACAAUGCAGACCAGUUUGAUUCCAACGGCUGUAUGGACUACCGGGUCCGACUUGGAUGUCUGAAACAGACCCCAGAAUGUGUCCCACCAACUCCGGAUACACACCUGCACAAGACAGUGGCACCUGCCCAGAAUCCCCACGUGGUUCCCUGUUUUGAAGGACUGGACACCUCCCAUUGUCCUAACUGUUCCGCGGGACUGUACUGUGAUGGAAUGCAGUGUGUCAGGAAGGCCGACUGCACCUGUCAGUACAAGAACAAAAUCAUUGGGAAAUCUGACAUUGUUACCACGGAUACGUGCGAGACCUGCCAGUGUUACAGUGGAGAACUCCGAUGUGUUCCGAAAGGCUGCCCGGCUUGUGCCAGUGGUGAAACAAAAGUUGUCAACAUGACAAGCUGUAGCUGUUCCUGCAAAUCUUGUGGUGUCAAUGAAUUCCAAUGUGGAAAUGGACAAUGUCUCCCAGCAUCCUCUAAGUGUGAUGGGGUCAUCGACUGUGACACGGAUGAAGUGGGAUGCCUGGUAAAGCCCCAUUUUACCCCUCCCAUUAUUCCCACCCUCUCACCAGUUCCCGGCUCUCAUGCUGUGCCCGCCCACCAGUCAACACCCUAUCACGACGGCCAUCAGACGCACACCAAAAGUCCAACUUGCCAGGCACGUUGGUCGGGCUGGAUGAACACCCACCACCCCGGGGAUCCAGGAAGCAGCGGAGAUCAUGAACCCACUGCUGCCGAAUUCAUGAAGAGCAACCACUUCUGUAGAGGCGGCACUGUCACAAAAGUCGAGUGUUACUCCGUGUCGAUGGACGCUCCUGCCGAGUCCUCCGGGGAAAUCCUCACCUGUACUCCAGAGAGAGGCCUCGUGUGUGACGAUUCUGACAACUUCCCCAUUCCAUGUGGCGAUUAUAAGAUCCGAUAUUAUUGUGCAUGUGCAAAUGCACCAGUUGUUUCCCCUGUCUCCACAAUAGCAGCUCCACAGCCUUCUUGUGAUUCAGUCCACUGUCAGGCAUUGGUCAAACCUCCCAUGAUGCCCGGUGAAGUUGCCCGCAUCGUGAAGACAGCUGAUGGCUGCUGCGAUAAGUACGAGGUGAUGUGUAAACCUGAGACGUGUACCAUUCAGCCUCACACCUGUACUCCGCCCCAGCUAAUGAAGAAUGUCAACCCAGGGGAGUGCUGCCCAACGUUCAGAUGUGAAUGCCCAGCUGUCUGCCCCACCCCAGUGAAACCAACAUGUGAAGCUGGGAAAGUUGCGGUCGCUGUGGAUACCACUUGCAGUUGUACAAGUUACACGUGCGUGAGUCGUGUCACCUUGGACUAUGGACCACCAAAGUGCUGGUAUCGACAUUCGAAUGGCACCAACCUAUCCUUCAAGGUGAAUGAGACGUGGAAUGAGGGAGCCUGCAAAUCAUGUAUGUGUGAGAGUCGAACGGAAGUAACCGUGGAAACUGUGUGUCACACCGAGAGGUGUAAAGACUGCCCUCUGGGUUCAACAUUAGACCACAGUGACCCCAACAGCUGCUGUGGAACUUGUAAAGAAACAGGCUGUGUAGUGAAUGGACAUGUGUAUCGGGACGGAGAGUCUAUUCCUGGAGCCAUGAAAUGCUACACGAAGACAUGUUCAGCUAGUGCGUUUGGCUUCCUUAUAAAGGAGACACAGAUACAGUGUUCUAGGGACAAUCUCCCAGCAUGCCAAGGGAACACAACAGAGUAUGACCAGACAGGAUGCUGUCCCACCUGUGUUCUUAAACCCACAAGUUCAAACUUAGUUGCUGUCCAUUCCAACAGUUGCUUAACCUGUCAGCCUGUUCGUCAGUUCGGAAAUGACGCAUUAAGUAUUGGAUAUUUCACUCUCACUGACGGUGAUGUCAAGUGUCAAAACAAAGAACCUAUACUUGAUCUCAUGCAGUGCUCGGGACACUGCGAAUCGCAGGCCACAUACACCACAGUAAUGAAAGGGUUCACCAAUAAAUGCAACUGUUGCCAGCCAACUCGAACUGUCACUAGGACUACUAAUCUCACGUGUACAGACGGCUCCACUAGAACCAAAUCGUACACCGUUCCCGAGGUGUGCGGAUGUAGGGCAUGUUCUGGUGGAUCCUGAUUGGACGAUUAAAUUCACUUCAGCGCAGUUUUCAACCAGUGUAGAUAACUUUUUUACUUGUAGACAUGUUUAACAAAUUUAUUAUUGAAUUUAUCAUGGCGAGUAUAUCGUAUGUGUCAUUUUGUUGUUGUUUACCUUAAAUCUCAUGUUAUUCAAAUAAAUGCAACUGUUACAAAC